GAAACAAAACCCAAGAAAGUGACAAGUGAGCCCAGGGAGAGUAGAAUUGGAAAGGUUAUUUGAAUGUUAAAGGGAUAGUAUAUAGCAGUGGCGCUGACUUCACGGUCUAAAUAACGUGAGUGAGUAUGGGGAACAGAGGCCCCUUUCCUGCCAGGGUUAUAGCUUGGUGGUCAAACACAUGGUCAGCAUGGCUCACCGUAAACACUGGGAAGAGCAGCUCUGGAGAGAUGGGAGGAAUGGGAGGAGUCGGUCCAGCCCUGCCCCAGACCUCCUGGUUCUAAUUUCUGCCUGUCAGCUGUGCUCCCAGCUGUCCACUGUCCUCCAGCCCUGUCAUUCCAGCUCUGCCACCAUGGUGAGAGACUAGGAGGCCUACCAACACUGUCUGAGUAGCUGGUGUGAGCCCAGAAGGUACUGGGGGCUUAUCCCCAGAGGAAGAGGACUAGCCCUCCCCCGGCAAUACCAUCGAGUUCUUAGGGACUCCCUGUUUCCACACUGAACUGACUUAGGGAGUCUCAAAAGAUGACAGAAAAGGAGGUACUGGAGUCCCCUAAGUCCCCCUUCACAGCAGAGACUCCGCAAAGUCGGCUACAACGACUGAAGCAGAUAUUCAAGAAGGGCUCUCCAGAGACAACUGAGAUGGAGCCUUCCCCAGAGCCCCAGGUCAAUGGAGAGGCAGUGGGGGCUGGGGGUGGGCCUAUCUACUAUAUCUAUGAGGAGGAAGAGGAAGAGGAGGAGGAGGAGGAACCACCCCCAGAACCCCCUCAGCUUGUCAACGAUAAGCCCCACAAAUUCAAAGAUCACUUCUUCAAGAAGCCCAAGUUCUGUGAUGUCUGUGCCCGGAUGAUUGUGCUCAAUAACAAGUUUGGGCUCCGCUGUAAGAACUGCAAAACCAACAUCCACGAACACUGCCAGUCCUAUGUGGAGAUGCAGAGGUGCUUCGGCAAGAUCCCUCCUGGUUUCCGUCGUGCCUAUAGCUCUCCACUCUACAGCAACCAACAGUACGCUUGUGUCAAAGAUCUCUCUGCUGCCAAUCGCAAUGACCCUGUGUUUGAGACCCUGCGCGUCGGGGUGAUCAUGGCAAACAAGGAACGGAAGAAAGGACAGGCAGAUAAGAAAAAUCCUCUAGCGGCCAUGAUGGAGGAGGAGCCAGAGUCAGCCAGGCCAGAGGAAGGCAAGUCCCAGGAUGGAAACAAUGCAGAAAAGGACAAGAAGGCUGAGAACAAAACCCCAGAUGACAAACACAAGCAGCCUGGCUUCCAGCAGUCUCAUUACUUCGUGGCUCUCUAUCGGUUCAAAGCCUUGGAGAAGGAUGAUCUGGAUUUCCCGCCCGGGGAGAAGAUCACAGUCAUCGACGACUCCAAUGAGGAGUGGUGGCGGGGGAAAAUCGGAGAGAAGGUGGGAUUCUUCCCUCCAAACUUCAUCAUCCGGGUCCGGGCUGGAGAACGUGUGCACCGUGUAACCAGAUCCUUUGUGGGGAACCGCGAGAUCGGGCAGAUCACGCUGAAGAAAGACCAGAUCGUGGUGCAGAAAGGAGACGAAGCUGGCGGCUACGUCAAAGUCUACACCGGCCGCAAGGUGGGGCUGUUCCCCACCGACUUCCUGGAGGAGAUUUAGGUGUGCUGGCUGGCACCUGCUGGCGGGAGACACCUGGUCCUGGGCGGGCCCAGUGCGGGCCCAGUGCGGGCUGGGGAGGGAAGUGGUGACUGGACUCCUGGAUGGGCAGGGUUGGAGAGUCUACCGGGGUGGGGCGUGAGGAUGUGUCUGGGGAAGCUCCGUCUCCCUCCCACCUCUCCACUGCCUAGGGCUUCGAAUGCCCGGGGCCCGGGGCGCUGACCCACACUCCAGGCCCAUCCGACCUUCAAGGGGCGGGAGGUAGGGGGUGGGGUGCGUAUUCCUAAAGAGGCGCCGAGGGCCGAACUUCACAUGCUGAGAAUUUAUUAAAGUUUUGACAAAAGUUA